UGUCACUGUACAACACUCAGGUUCGAGUUCAACUACUAUCACCGAACGCGUGGUGUGUCAUUUUAGCGGAACAUUAAGGGAGAUAAGCGAUAUGUAAAGAUAGCGAUGUAAAACGUGUUAUUGUACACAUGGUUUAACCUUACAGCUAACCGCGAUAGUAUUUCGAGAGGUUAUCCAACCUUGUUGGCAGAAGUAGAUGCGCACAGAACCUUUUCUGAUUGAUGAGCACCCUUUCUGUGAUCUCUUCAGCAAGGUGAUCGACAAAGACGUUGAACAAGGCAAUCAAAUGGAAGAAACAUAUGACGUCAUCAUCAUAGGGGGCGGAGUCGUUGGAUGCGCAUGCGUAUUCGAAUUGACGUCACGCGGCUUUUCAUGUCUACUGUUGGAAAAGAACGAACACCUUGCUGCUGAAGCGAGCUCGGGAAACAGUGGCAUGCUCCACACCGGUUUUGACGCCACUGAGGGACUCGAACUAGAUUGUAUUCAGCGAUGCCAAGCGCGAGUUUUCCCGCUGUUGGACAAACUGGGAGUACCAGUUAAUCAUAUUGGCGCCACUAUGGUGGCAUGGGAUGAACAACAGCUUGAGAGGUUCCCACAAAUAGUGGCCAACUCAAACGCCGCCAAAUGCACGACCAUGCAUGAACUGAGCUGCUCAGAACUGUACAAAAGGGAACCAAACAUCACUUGCGGGGCGCUAGGCGGUCUCUGGAUUCCGGGCGAAGCAGUCACCGACCCGUGGCUGUUUCCGGUCCUGCUCGCUAACGAUGCGCGUAAGAAAGGUGCACGCAUUUUACUUCGAUCACGUGUUUGCAGCGUAGUCAGGAAUACCGAGAUGUGGAUCGUGGAAACCACACGAGGAACAUUCAAUUCAAAAUGCGUUGUGAACUGCGCCGGUCUCUAUGGCGACAUAGUGAACAUUUUGGCGGGAAAAUCGGAAUUUAGAAUCUUACCACGAAAGGGUCAGUACACAGUGUACUCGAAAUCAGCGCAGAACCUGCUGAAUUCAAGCAUACUUCCGGUACCGAGUGACGUCACGAAAGGCGUCAUAGUUUUCCGUUCAGUCUAUGACAACGUAAUCGUCGGGCCGACAGCAGAGAAUGUUGACAGCAGACGACAAGCACCCGUGGAUGAAUCCAUUCGUCUGCGUCUCACAGAGAUUGCCGCCAAAGUGGUGCGAGAACUGCCCUCACAUCCGGUGGUCUCUCUGUACACAGGAGUCAGACCCGCCACUGAUGUGAAGGAUUACAUCAUAUCCGCCGAGACAGACAGAAAAUGGAUAACAGUCGGUGGCAUUCGCUCUACCGGUCUAUCGGGCUCACUCGGUAUCGCUGAAAAGGUGCACAGUCUGGUGAAAACGAGUCUUAACAUUGAACCAGACAGAGGUCAAAGUUUAUUUAUUUCUAAACCGGAUGUGUCGUUUACCAGACAUGGCUCAGCCAUUGUUGAUGGUGUGGAACAUUUUAUAACGCAUCCUUUGACUUUCGCUGGACGAACGGAGUAUGUCGCUAAUUCCAGAAUGUAAAUGACCACUAUAUUAAUAUGUUUUAUUAAUAUCCUAUUAAUUACGUCGUCAGCAGUGUCAUACUAUGACAUUAUUUUUUUAUAUUUCUGGUAUACCUAAUGCUGUUUAGGGGGCUUAACUCUUAACCAUGCACAAUCAGAAGACAUUCAGAAGACGGAGUUUUUUAUUCAUAACUUGCAGUUCUUCCUGUUUAAAAUUUGCUUAAUACACUUGCUUUGUUAAAUAUUGCCCCUAAUGUAUAUGUUGUAUACUUGCGUGAAAUAAACGAUGUUUUCUGUA